AUGGACUCUACCGACAGCGUGACUGACAAGCACUCGCACCUCGAAAGCCGCCAGCUCUCCGUGGGCGACGCGCUCAGCGACGCCGAACACCUGGUGGGCGACGCCGCCUACCCCGAGCUCGACCGGUCAAAACUCGAUAAAGUCUACCGCAAGUUGGAUUUCCGGAUUAUCCCCGCGUUGUGGGUGCUUUACUUCUUGACGUCGUUCGGUUCUAACGCCUACGGGCUCACCCUUACCAUGAAUAAGGAGCUGGGCCACUCGCUCGGCCAGCAGCUCAAACUCUCGAGCAACGACACCGCGGUGGCGUCGGCGUUGUACUACGUCGGCUACAUCAUCUUCGACGUGCCCAUGAACUUGGUGAUGACGAAAGUGGCGCCGCAGGCGUGGCUCUCGCGAAUCGUGAUCACCGUGGGGUUGGUGUACGCCUGCUACUGCUCGUUAAAGAACCGCGGCGGCGUCAUUGCUAUCAGAUUCAUCCUGGGUAUGGUGGGCGCCGGUACCUGGCCCGGUUUGACGUACUACGUGCUGCUUUGGUACCCCAACGACCGGCUGACCCGGCGGAUUGGCUACUAUUACACCGCGGCGCAGAUGUCGGCGGCGUUGGCGGGGCUUCUCAGUGCUGGCUUUCAACGGAUUGACGGCAACAGAGGGUUUACCGGCUGGCAAUGGAUGUAUUUGACUUAUGGGGUGAUCACCAUUGCCGUGGGCAUCUCCCUCAUCUGGUGGCUUCCCGACCGCCCCUUCCACCAGCGGACGCCGAAGCUGAACAAAGUGCUCGACACCAUGGACAAAUUGACCACCUCCCCUUACCCGUUGAACCCCGAGGACGCCGAAUUGCACCGCCUCGACUUUGAGCACCGCUACAAGCUUGUCGAGUGGUCGUGGACGGACGUCGUCGCCAUCAUCACCGACUUGCGCAUCUGGCCGUUGAUCAUCAUGUAUUUUGGGGUCGUUGGUACCGGUUUUGGUCUCGCGGUGUUUGGGCUGACGAUCAUCGCCGCCCUUAACCCUCAGUUGACCGGGAUCCAAGUGUCGCUUCUCUAUGCCCCCAUCUGGUUAUUCGACCUUGGCGGUAUCCUCUUGGUGACCCCCUUCGCCGACCGGUUCAAAAAGUUGCGUCCCGUGAUCUUCUGCGGCUCGGUGGCGGUGAUCAUGUGUGGGCUCUUUGUGAUGACGUUUGCCCAUGGGUUUUGGAACCGGUGGGCGGGUUUACUCAUCUGUGGGUUUGGCCUUGGUCCGACGGUGCCCAUCACGAUGUCGUGGGGGGCCGAGAUCUUCUUUGCCGACUACGGCGACGUCGGCACCGCCGUGGCGGCGGCGGUGAUCUCGGGUUUGGGUAACCUUGGCUCGGUGACGCUGACGUACGCGUUGUACUCGGGGUGGCCCUCGGAUAAGCCCCGGUUGUACAAGUACUCCAACAUGAUGUUGGUGGUGAUGUUGGGGGCGCUGGUGAUCGCCUGUGGCAUCGCCGUGGUGUUGAGAAACCGCGUCAAACCCCACCAGUUCACCGGCAAGUUGCUCAAGUCGAAUAACUAA